CAAAACUUGUAUUCUUUCCGCCCGCAAUCGACGCUGGCGCUGCGCAUGCCUGUAGCGAUGGCGCGAACGCACUCGUCCCACACGGGCAGUCGGAUGCGCAUGCGCUCCCCGCAAGGCAGCGCGGCACCGCGCAGCGGCUCAGAAGAUGGCUCGCAGUAUGAGAUGGACCUGGACGCGCUGGGGCUGAACUCAACGUUCGAGUCGACGGCGCUGGAGGGUUUGGGCGAGGCGCCCGUGGACCGCGUGGACACGAGCGAGGUGGAGGGCCCCGACGACUUCACCAUGAACAUGACGUACUGGAUGACGGCCGACGUGCUGCCCGCCCAAGCCAAGUCGCGCGUGGCACUAAAUGAGACGCAGAGCCGGAACAGCCGGUCGGCCACGGGUGAAGAGGGCGGAGAGGGCGACCAGAACGACCAAGACGACCAAGACGACCAAGACGACCAAGACGACCAAGACGACCAGGACGACCAGGACGACCAGGACGACCAGGCCGCGGCCGGGGCGUCUACGGCGGCAUCGCCCACGGUUCGCGUGCACGGUACGACGGCCAGCCGCGAAUACAGCACGCCCGCCUCGGAGCGCUCCAUGGCAAACGAGGAGAAGGUGCGCAGCUUCCUCAGCGCCCUGCCCGACACGGAGCUCGACCACGCACUCACAGGCAGCCCCCUGCGCGUUUCUCGCCCGCGCAAGCUCCAGCUUCCGCGCGCCUCGCCGCCCAAGCCACGCGCGCUGCAGCCCACCGUCGAGGAUGGCGAUACCCCGCGCAACCUCGCCCAGCAGACGGCUGUCCCCCAGCACGAGCUCGCCUCCCGCACGCGCAUCGCCGAGCUCGAGACGCUUCUGUCAUACACGCGGGCCGAGCUGGACACCACGCGGAACGACAACUACAAGCACAAGGACGCCAUCGCACGCCUGGAAGCUUCUCUUGAGGAGCAGCGUGCCAAGCAAGACGCGGAUGGCAGCUCAGCGGACGCGCAGCUGAAGGCGCUGGCAGACGGACACAAGACACAGCUGCAGCAGCUUGAGGAGAGACUGCACCAAGAGCACCGCCGCGCGCUCCAGGCCCAGCGUGAGGAGCUGGAGCGCCGUCUGGGAGCGCUGGAGAUGUCUAAUCGUGAAGCCAGCGAGCAAGUGAGCGCCAAGACUGAAGAGCUGGAGCGCGCUCAGGAACAGCUGGCACGCAAGAACUCACAAGAAGAAGAGCAACGCGAAAGAAACGAUACAGAAAGAGAACAAGCAUUCACUGCAGAAAGGACUGAGCUGUUCAACAGGCUCGCCUCCGUCCAGACUCGCGCAGAUUCGCUCCAAGUCGACCUAGUCCGAGCGACAGCGGAAGCUAGGGCGGCUCGUGAAGAUUCGCAAGCACGAGAGUCAAGGGAUGCUGCCUCGCAAAUGGCUCUACAUGGUCAACUUUCGCGCAUAUCCAGCCUAGAGACCCAGCUUCAGGACGCUAGAUUCUCGCUCGAAUGUGCUCAAGCCGACGUCGCUGCAAAAGAACAGCUCUUUCAAACAAACAUCGCCCUUAACGACAAUUUGCGCGUUCUGCGCAGCGAGCUUGAGGCACAGCGGAUCGCCCUUGCAGAUCUGAGACCAGGACAGGAUAGACGUUCGCCAUCAGACGAGCAGCUGGAGUCAGAACUCGCUGCCAAAAAUCAGGUUAUUGAACAGCAUGUCGCAGAGAGACACAGCCUGGAGCGCCAACUGAACACAGCGCAAGGCCGCAUCGCUGGUCUAGAGACCAGCCUCACCACUCUGCGCGCGCAACUCGCCAAUGCGCACCGCGAAACCGGUAUUGCACGCGCAGAUACAGAUCGCCUUACUCACGAUCUCAAAGACAAAAACGACCGACUUGUCGACGCCCAAGCCGAGGCAGAUCGGCGCCUGGCAGACGUAGAGAAGAAGCUCGCCAAAACGAAGGACCUGAAAGCAGAAGCUGAGAGCAACUUUAGGGAGCUGAAGUCCCAACACGACGACCUGACAGAAGGGCAUGCAGCGAUUUUAGAGGACGUGCGCGACAAAGCCGAAGACGCAGUACGCAAGACCGGCGCUCUGCUCGCUCAAGAAAGGAAAGAGAAAUCCAGACUCAAAAAAAACGUCGAGCAUCUGCAGCGCGAGAUUGACAAUCUGCGCACCGAGCAUGAGAAAGAACACGCCGUCCCCUUGGGCUCAGACUCAGACACCACCACGCCUGUUCCUGCCGCAAAGCCCGUCGACGACACAAAAGACAAAGAAAUCAACUCCCUCAGAUCCAUCAUCAAGAACCAGCUCACAGAGAUCAAGACUCUCAAGUCCUCCCACUCCUCCACCCUCUCCACUCUCGCCACCUCCCACGAGACCUCCCUCGGCACUCUGCGCACCGAGAUCUCCACUCUCCGCCACCAGCUACAAACGCAGGCGCACGACCACGCCGCCGUCAACGCGGCAAUGGACGAGCAGCUCUCCACCUUGCUCUCGAAGCUGAUGAAAGAGCGCGCGCGGACCGUGGUCGGCAAGCGCGACGGCCAGUGGGAGGAGGUGCAGAGGAGUAGUGCGGGCGAGAAGGAACUGCUAGGUAAGGUGCUGAUGCGGCAGUGGGGGAGAGAGGAGUGUGGGGUGUCGCAAGAGGGGGGGAGACAGGUUUUCGAGUACAAGUACGUUGCGCGGGAGAAGUGAUUGGGACGGUGCGAUGGAAGAGGGUGUUGAUGCGGGAGUGCGGGAGUAGGGGUGGUUACGAUGCACGACUGAUGACUGGACGAUAGUAUAUGGUAUUUCUGCGGCUUUCUCGUUACGCUGAAAUACAUCUGUGCGGUGAGAGCAUCUCUUACUGGUUUGUUGCUGGACUCGCCCGUACAAUCAAUCCAUCUACAACACGUC